AUGUCUUUCAAGACACUUUUGUUUGUUUUUACUAUUUUAAACGCCAAAAUCUUUUGUCUAUCUGAAAACCAGAGCAAUUGUUCGUGUAUUGGUUUUCUCUGGGAAGAGUUUAAAUUUGAGAGCGUGCUUUCAAAAGAUAGCCAGUUUUGGAAGGACCAAGUCUGCCGUGUUGCAAACUCUUGUGUUCAAAGCCUGGCUACCCGCAGUUCGUCGUUAUUUCGGAACAACAAACAAUGCUCGGAGCAACCUCUGAUAAAUGUAUCAUUUCCUGUAAUAUCUCAAUAUCCAAAUUUAACGUUUAAAAGGAAUCUACGGCCCUUUCUCGCCGAAAAGGAAAAGAAUAACGGUAUAACAACGCAGGUGUUUGAGGCCCUUCGUAAAAUAUGGAAACUGUUCGUCUUUUGUCUGAUAGCGGCGGCAUUAUCAGGAAUCAUCAUUUGGUUUUUUGUAAGUAUACAGAAAUUCAUUUCAUUCUCCCAGGAGGGAUUAAAGCUAUAAAUAAAAGUUGAUGUUCCGUUAGUCUCGAUUACAUUUCGAAAAGUUCAGUUCAGUUCAGUUCAGUUUAUUGUUUUGUUAUAAUGAUGUACAAAAAAACAAGAAAAUUGUCGACAUUUUUUAAAACGAGGAAGCCUAAGAGAAGCCACCGGGUUUAUAAGGAAUGGGCUCCGUCAGUUAAAUUUUUACAACAAUAUUUUAACAGAAUUGUAAAGUUUUUUUUUAACCGAAAUUUACCCACAAAGAGGACGGGACACUGGGGUAAAAUCAUGAUUUGUCGAUGAUAAAAGAUAAAAAAAAUUAAAAUAAAAGUCUGAUUAAUCCUCGCGAACCUCGGUGUGCAAUUCAAGUUAAGCCCUGCUUGGCGUAGUUAGCGAUUGCAGUGGCUGUGUGACCAGGCGCCUUUUUCAAAUUCCCUUUUUUUCUUUUAGUUUUGUUCUGUUUCAUCACUUGUGCGACAACAAAGGGAUAUUUAGCAUCAUGUCUUUUUACAGAUAGAAAACAAAUAAAAAACAAAACACGGCAAGUCAGCUUUGCAAAGUAUUAAAAGAUGAGUAAUUGAGCAACAAGUGAUCACCCGAAAACAAAGAUUCAGUAAAAGCAUGUUAUUUACGCUUUUGAAUGUCAUUAGUCAAUAUUGAACUUAUCUUAUCGACACUUUUGCUUAAAGGAUCAUAAGGCGAACUCCGGACAUUUCCCUAAGUCAUUUUGGGUUGGCAUUCAAGAAGGCUUAUGGUGGGCCAUUGUUACAAUGACAACCACGGGGUAAGUACUUAAAGCUAUAGAAAAACAUCAUACUUUAUGUUUAACCAAGCGCUCGUUAAUUGCCAUUCAUAUGCAUGCGGAAUAUUUUGCCUUUGUAGGUAUGGUGACAAGACUCCAAAAUCCACGCUUGCUCGAGCAUAUGCUACAUUAUGGAUGAUCGUUGGACUGAUGUUAAUGUCAAUCAUUACUGCCCAGGUCUCCUCUACCUUAACCGCUGACAACCUGCAGCCUCUGGGCGAUGUAUUUGGUAAAAAGGUAGACUUUUAG